CUGCUAUCCUAUCCUACCAAUACACAUUGAACCGGUUUCACCCAAUUAUUGAGGUCUGUAAUGGAGCCGAUGAGGGAUUACGGUAAUCAACAUCCGAUUAUCCCAUAUAUUGGGUUUUCAGAACUAUAAUUACCUAUCUUCCCCCCCACAAUCUACUAUCUGAGCUUCUAAAACAAGCAGGAUACAAGCCCAACAAACCGCCAAAACACUAUAUUUCAACAUUUCCAUCUCUCAAGAUGAAGAUCAAAAUAUUCGCAGUCCUCUCUGCCUUAGCAGCCAUAACCAUUGCUGCCCCUCAAUACCACCAGAUCAAAAUUAGUGGUACAACGGCAGAUGAUGCUUCAACCCCCCCGUCCAUACCUUCUACCCCCAACAAAGAAAUUGAUAUCAAGAUCCAAAUUAGCGACACAACUUCAGCCGCGUCUUCUUCUCUAUUUGAAGAUGAAUGUUGGAAACUUUGCUUUUCUGAAGCUAUCUUUAAAUGCCUAGAUAAAUGGCAUCCCAAGAAGCUUGGCAGCUGCUGGACUUGCUGCAAAGAUACCUCCUCCCCGUCUAUAUCGUCUACCACCAACGGAGAAGAAAUCGAAGUCAAGAUCCAAAUUAGCGACGCAACUUCAGGCACGUCUGCUUCUUCUAUAUUUGAUGAAUUUUGUUCGAGGGUUUUCUCGCCUGUAGAGAUAGAGUGCCCAAAGGAAUAUUAUCCUAAACAAAUUAGCGAAGGCCAUUGGACCUGUUGCAAAGAAAUCGUAAGUAAUGCUGCUAUAUCGCGUCAGUUUGGGUUGACAGCGGAUCUUUAAUGAAAUGGCGCAUUCUGGAAGGAAAUAGAGGACAUACUUUCAACAACGCUCCUCUAGGGAAGAUACGGAGAUAGGUGGGAAGUUAUAACUACGUACAGCAGGAUACUCGUGAAAAAAAUAGCUUGAAAUAUGCGUCCAUAAAGCAUUUGAUCAUUGUUUAUGCC